AUUGCAUAAUCAUAAUUAAAAAUUUGCACAACAAAUAAUUUUUUCACUUCGCUUAUUUGCUCCUCUCCGCUAUAAUAUAAGUUCAUAUAAACGACGACGUUUGCCUCUUUCUUCAAGCAAAAAAAAGAAAGAGAAAAAGCAAAUAGUAGAAUUUUAAAUCCUAUUUUUUUUUUUUUAAAAGGAAAAUUCUGGGUGUCCAAAUCCGCCACUGUUCAUUCGCCGCCGUCGCCGAUAAUCACGGUAGAAAAUUAUUGAGGUGCUGAGUGUUUUUGGAAAAUGGAGAUAAAAUGUGGAGGUGAAAAUGAAAAGGAGAUAAGCUAUAGAUGUGUUCAGUGUGGAUUCUCAGUUACAACUCUUUACAUACAGUAUUCUCCUGGCAAUAUCCGUCUUAUGAAAUGUGGAAAUUGCAAAGCAGUUGCUGAUGAGUACAUCGAAUGUGAACUUAUGAUAUUGGUUAUUGACUUGAUUUUGCAUAAAAUUAAAGCCUACAGACACUUGUUCUACAAUAGGUUCUCUCGAGAAACUUUGCAUAAUGAGGUCUUGUUGUGGAAAUUAUCUAUGGGCUUCCUGAUUUUAGAUGCUUACCAAAUGUUGGCGGUAUGCACAGUUCAAGAUGAGAGGAGUUUGCCUGCAAGCUUUGCCUCAUUUUUAGGGCUUUGUGGAAAGGUGCUCAUGGGAGUCUUCUUUGGGAAUCUCAUGUUCCUUGGUGUAAUUCUAUUUGGUACAAGGAGAUUUUUGAAUGCAAAAAUAGGAGAUUCAAGGCAGAACUUCCAGCCAUCUUCAUCUGCUGCCAAGCAAGGAUCUAUAGCGGGGCCGAAGGGGAAAAAGCAUAAAUCUGUAAAUCGGAUGUGCUUAAGAACCUUGGAAGCUUGCAUACCCAUCAGUCUAUUGUUCUGAUAUUUUCUUGCUGUAUGUAUCUUCAUAGGUGCUUUUGUAUACUGUCUUUAAUCUUGAGCCGGGGGUUUAUCGGAAACAGCCUCUCUACCUCUUUAGAGGUAGUGGUAUGGACUGCGUACACUCUACCCUCCCCAGACCCCACUUUGUGGGAAUAUACUGGGUUUGUUGUUGUUGUUGUAUCAGCACCAUGUUGAGCCUCUAUAUAUUUUACAAUCUAUAAAUACAUGUGAGUUGCUGAUUAAAAGCCAUUUCAAGUAUAGCAAUUUUGUUAGUCGUGCAGACAAGGGUUGCCUAAGAUUUUUACGGAGAUUUAGAGUUUCUAGUGUCACUUAAGUAUUUCUACACCUAUCUAAGACCAGAAUUAACUAAUUUUCUUACCGAGUAGAGAAUUGAUAAUCCUAUCUUUCCUGUUUUUCCGGGUUGAGUCGCACAGGUGGAGUCAUUAAAGAUCAGUGAUUACCUCUAAUAGUUUAAUUGGAAAGAAACAGCUCAUAUGAGGAGGUUUUAGUCUAAAUGAUUUCCUCAGAUGUCAAAUUAGCAUAUAAUCUUUGGAGCUAAGUUGAUAUGAUCAUUGUUUACUUGGAUUUAAAU